CUUGGUUAAAUAUUCACAAUCAUAUUCAAGUUGUUCGCUCGCGCGUUCGUGUCCAAAAGUAUUUGGCAUUUUCUCAGUUUUUUCAGGCCCGCAUCCAGAGAGUCGAACAGCUAUGACCACUUUACGAUUUUGUGAGCACCUUGGCUUACUCAUUGUUCUGGCAGUGAUUGCAUUGGCCAGUGCCGACUACCAGGGCAACAUGUUUCUAAACGGCCAGUACCAAAACGGCAUCAGGGAUCACAAGGAGACCCAUCUUUCAGUCAAUCCCUCGUCAAACGUGUUUCUCAAUCACGCCAUUAUCAGCAGGCAAGCGUCCCCCUUUCAAGGACCCACCUAUCUGCCACCCAAGGAGUACCUGAAGUGCAUCUCCGGCCAGCAAUGUGUUCGCAAAGACCAGUGUCUGAACGGAUUCUUCACCCAACAGUUGCCCAGGAUACAAAACUGCGAGCCGGAAACUGACGUGUGCUGCACCUAUAAGCCGCCCACCACCACAACAACCACAACUCCCGUGCCGUUUGUCUCCUGUCCCCGCGACUCGGACUGUGUUGCCCCAGAAAACUGUCGCAAUGGUGAAAUAAGUGCCAUUAACUACGUAAAGAAGCAAGGGCCCAGUCGCUGUUCUGCGCCCGAUGUCUGCUGCCGAAUGCCCUCAACCACGUUGACCGAGGACGGCUAUAUCUUCAAUCUGCCGGACAAGACCUUCCCGCUGCCGACGAACCCGACGGUCCCCGCUGUGCGCACCACCCAGCCAGUGUACCGUCCCCAGCCUACGACGGCGGCGCCAGCUCCGCGACCCACCAACGAGUACCUGCCGCCCCCGACCACCCGGCGACCCAGCUACGAGCCCAUUCAGACGACCCGGCGACCCGUUUACCAGCCGCCACCUACGGCCGCCCAGCCACCUCGCAGCACCCCCAGCCAAGGCAAGACAAGGCCGCAACCCCGCCCGCAGCCGACGCGCCGGCCCACCAACGAGUACCUGCCACCUGUGUCGGCCAACGAGAUACCGCGCUUUGAGCCUGAUCGCGUGCCGCAGCCUUCGAACGAGAAGCCGAUCUACCGUGGGGAGGACCAGCUUUCCCCCCAGAUCUUCCCCUCGCCACAACCCGGCGACGUCCCGAAGCACUUCGCCAAGUGCGCCUCGGCCCUCGUGUGCACCUCUGAGAACUUCUGCAACUCAAUUGGAGUGCUUUCCGAGACUCCUGUGGAGCUGAGCCCCAUGGAGGUGGCCUUCCGUGUGCCCCUCACUGACUGCCUGCAGGCGGAAAACGGCACCCCAGGCAAGUGCUGCCGAGACCCCAACUACGUGGACCCAUGGCCCGUCAAUUUGGCCGGAGUUUGCGCGACGAGGAACAAACGGACCAAGCCCACAGGAGUGAAGGACCUGGAUGCCAACUUUGCCGAGAUCCCCUGGCAGGCCAUGAUCCUGCGAGAGUCCAGCAAAACGCUGAUCUGCGGCGGAGCCAUUAUCGGAGACGAGUUCGUGCUGACCACCGCCAGCUGCGUGAACGGCCUGCCGGUGAGCGACAUACGCGUGAAGGCCGGCGAGUGGGAGCUGGGCAGCACAAACGAACCUCUGCCGUUCCAGCUGACUGGGGCCAAGACCAUCGACGUGCACCCUUCGUAUGACCCCUCGACCAACGCCCACGACCUGGCCAUCAUCCGUCUCGAAAAGCGCCUGGAGUUUGCCACACACAUCCAGCCCAUUUGCAUCAGCGAUGAGGACCCAAAGGCAACCGAGCAGUGCGUCACCUCCGGCUGGGGAAAACAAGCCUUAUCGAUCCAUGAAGAGGGCGCUCUGAUGCACGUGACCGACACAUCGGCGCUGAGCCGCAACGACUGUGGAGCCGACGACAGCAGCGUUUGCAGCGCCACUAAGUUCGACGCCUGCCAAUUCGACGUGGGCAGCGCGCUCGCUUGCGGAAGCGGUUCAAACGUUCGCCUCAAGGGAAUUUUCGCCGGAGAAAGCUCCUGCGGCGACGGGCAGACAGUCCGCUUUGCCAAGCCCGACAUUAAGUGGAUCAACACGGCGUUCGCCGACAGAAACAAGCCGCUUUUACUUAAGCGGUUCUAAGCACGACUUCGGCUCUACAAAGGACUUCGGAGGAAGAAAUAUGUGAACGACGAAGGACAAAGGCACGCCCAUGCUACAGAUAUUAACCAAGCAGCCCAAGUAAAUAUGUACCAGCUCCAGUUUGAAUCCUUUACGUUCUGUCGAAGUAUAUAUGUAGAUCGAAUUCAGAUGAAAAAUGUUGCCGUUAACAUGUAUUGCGAGUUGUAAAAUACUUAGUUAUAAGCUAUAUGUUGAACGAAUAAUUUUGGAGCGAUCAACUCACCGCAUGCCAACCACAAUGAAAUCGAGAUUAUACAAAUAUUAUAUUUCACUACAUAGUACAGUAAGUCUUAAGAUGUGAACUUUUUAGGCAUAGGCACUAUUGUACUCCUGACAAACGCACAACCACAUCUAUCCUGCAACAUCUUCUUAUACAUUUACUGUUAUUUAAAGCUUUUCCUAUAUCGUAAAUCAAAUACUUAUAAUAUUAUUAUUUUUUUAAUGUUGUAAAAAGUGUCUGCACGUCUAAAUUUAGAUUAUAAAUUAAUUUUUAAAUAAAGAAAAUCGAUUAAGAUA